AUGGCCAUCCCCCAAAUCGGCUCCCAGCACCGAAAAUGCAUAUUUCGACAUCGCAGGGCUCUUUGCGUGCCGUCUUACGCAACGCUCCAGCCUCACGCCCACUUCUUUUUUCAGAGUAAAACCCAGAGCCGCGCGUUUAAAAAGAUGUCUUUGAGUGAGAAGACAGAUGCUGAGCUCAGUGAGCUGCUGACGGAGUACGGAGUCAAACACGGACCUAUCGUUGACUCCACGAGGAAACUGUACGAGAAGAAGCUGCAAAAGAUCCUGGACGAGGCCCCGGCUCAGAGCCAGUCUGAUAAGACCUUCUACAGAGAGGAGGAGGUGGUAACCUACAUCAGCUACAGCCCGACUCGACUGGAGGCCUCCGCAGACGUGCUGAAGCACAGAGCAGGCAUGCAGCAAAACCAAAACAGCCAGAGCUACCAGAGCUCCCAGUCCUACCAGAGCUCCCAGCCAAAGAAGCAGCAAACAGAGGCCACUGAGCUGCAGGAGGCUGCAGUGCUUCGCUCCGGGACUAAGCCUUCCCUUGCCUCUGUCCCGUCAGCCCCAGAGAAGAGGGGCUGCUGUGCCCGUUUGAGGAGGCUGCUGUCUGUGCUGCUGCUGUUGGCUCUGUUAGCAGCGGUGGGAUACUACGUCCUGUCUCACGUCAUGAGCACCGACGACAAGCAGCUGCAGAAGUAG